CGGCCUUUCUCCCGCCUUCCCCUCCUUCGCUUCUCCGGGUGUUCGGAGGCUCUAAGCUCCCCGUCGCGCUCUCCCUCCGCCACGGGUUCCGCCGAGACCAGAACUAACCCAGUCCUGCAGAUUUGAUCCAAAAGACGUUAAUGUUUGUGGAAAAGCUGCCGCUAACUUCAGUACAUGCUGGAUCUGCUCUUUAGACCUGACUGCUGCGAACAAGCUCGUGCUUACAUUUGCGAUGGCUGUAUGGUUGGACCCUGGAAAUGGGAUGUCAGUCCCGUUCAGGGAGCAUAAAGGAAGAAAGAAAAUCUCCCAGCUGCUGCCGCUGUGACAGCGAGUGAGAGCAAGAGCAGGAAAAUGUCGACAGUUACAUCAGCAAUCCAGGCUCCUCAGGGCCCUGUGAAUCCACCGCCUCCGGAGGUCACUAAUCCUAAUAAGCCUGGCAGGAAGACCAACCAAUUGCAAUAUAUGCAAAAUGUUGUGGUAAAGACCUUGUGGAAGCAUCAGUUUGCUUGGCCUUUCUACCAACCUGUUGAUGCAAUUAAACUGAAUUUGCCGGAUUAUCACAAAAUAAUAAAAAACCCCAUGGACAUGGGGACGAUCAAGAAGCGCCUGGAACAUAACUAUUACUGGAGUGCCAGUGAAUGUAUGCAGGAUUUCAACACCAUGUUUACAAAUUGUUACAUUUAUAACAAGCCCACAGAUGACAUCGUCCUCAUGGCCCAAGCCCUGGAGAAGAUAUUUCUACAGAAGGUGGCCCAGAUGCCUCAGGAGGAAGUUGAAUUAUUACCCCCAGUUCCUAAAGGCAAAGGUCGCAAGCCGUCAGCAGGCACACAGAGUGCAGGAGCGCAGCAAGCAGUGGCCGUGUCUUCCGUCUCCCCGCCGGCCCCGUUCCAGAACGUCCCUCCAGCCGUGUCUCAGACGCCCGUCAUUGCUGCCACCCCUGUGCCAACCAUCACUGCUAAUGUCCCGCCUGUCACUGCCCCUCCCGCCGCUGCUCCCCCUCCACCUGCUACUCCGAUAAUGCCCGUGGUGCCUCCUACGCCACCGGUAGUCAAGAAAAAGGGAGUGAAGCGGAAAGCAGACACGACGACCCCCACCACCUCCGCGAUCACUGCCAGCCGAAGCGAGUCGCCCACGCCCCUCUCGGACCCCAAGCAGGCCAAAAUCAUCGCUCGACGGGAGAGCGGCGGCCGGCCCAUCAAACCACCAAAGAAAGACCUUGAAGACGGAGAGGUGCCCCAGCACGCAGGGAAGAAGGGCAAACUCUCUGAGCACCUCAAGUACUGUGACAGCAUUCUCAAGGAGAUGCUCUCCAAGAAGCAUGCAGCCUAUGCAUGGCCCUUUUACAAGCCUGUUGAUGCAGAGGCCUUGGAAUUACAUGACUAUCAUGAUAUUAUCAAACACCCCAUGGAUCUCAGUACUGUUAAAGGGUCACCACCUUCUCAGCUGUGUGGAUCUGACCGUGCUCUUCUGAUGUCUAAAAAAAUGGACAGUCGGGAAUACCAAGAUGCGCAAGGUUUUGCAGCAGAUAUUCGGUUAAUGUUCUCUAAUUGUUACAAGUACAAUCCUCCAGACCACGAAGUGGUAGCCAUGGCCAGGAAGCUCCAGGAUGUCUUUGAGAUGAGGUUCGCAAAAAUGCCCGAUGAGCCUGCAGAGGCCCCACCUCCACCUCCACCAACAGCACCAGUGGUGAGCAAAAGCACAGAGAGCAGUCACAGCAGUGAGGAGAGCUCUUCCGACUCAGAUAGCUCGGACUCGGAAGAAGAGCGAGCGACUCGGCUGGCGGAGCUCCAGGAGCAGCUAAAGGCCGUCCAUGAGCAGCUAGCUGCAUUGUCACAAGCACCAGUGAACAAACCAAAGAAAAAAAAAGAGAAGAAGGAAAAAGAGAAGAAAAAGAAAGAUAAAGAGAAGGAAAAAGAAAAGCACAAAGUAAAAGCUGAGGAGGAGAAGAAACCCAAGGUGGCUCAACCACCAAAACAAACCCAACAGAAGAAAGCCCCAGCUAAGAAAGCAAACAGCACGACCACGGCUAACAGGCAGCCCAAGAAAGGAGGCAAACAGGCAUCUGCAACCUACGAUUCAGAUGAGGAGGAGGAAGGUCUGCCCAUGACCUAUGAUGAGAAGCGACAGCUCAGCUUGGACAUCAACCGCCUGCCUGGGGAGAAGCUAGGCAGGGUGGUGCACAUCAUUCAGUCGCGGGAACCUUCCCUCAGAGACUCCAAUCCCGAUGAGAUAGAAAUAGAUUUUGAAACAUUGAAGCCUACAACUUUACGAGAACUGGAGAGAUACGUGAAAUCUUGUUUACAGAAAAAGCAAAGGAAACCAUUUUCUGCAAGUGGAAAAAAGCAAGCAGCAAAGUCAAAAGAAGAGUUAGCUCAGGAAAAGAAGAAAGAACUAGAAAAACGGUUACAGGACGUCAGCGGGCAGCUAAACAACAACAAGAAACCUGCAAAGAAAGAGAAAUCUGGCUCAGCUCCUUCUGGAGGCCCUUCCCGGCUCAGCAGCAGCAGCUCCUCCGAGUCCGGGAGCAGCAGCUCCAGCGGCUCCAGCUCGGACAGCAGCGAUUCGGAAUGAGUCACGGACACUUACACACAAAACGGACAUCACCCUCACCAAUGUUCUGCAGUGUUCCUUUCUCUCCUUAAUAUACUGCUCUUGUUCCACGGUGGUCAGGUUUUUUUCCUCUCUCUGACCUUUUUAUUUUAUUUUUUAAUUCAGUGUUAUAAAAGGUAUCUUCCAUGUUUGGGGGGGGCUCUCUUUUCAUAGGUCAAAGAUCUUUGCGUGUGCGUGUGUGUGUGACUAGACUUUAUGACAGUUCCCUUUGCAUAAAGUCUCUAAAAUACAUUUUAACUGAAGAAAAUUGGUUGAAAAUGGAAGAACUUUGAACUCUUAGCAGGAGAUAAAUAGAAAGUUCUGCAAGGUUUGUAGUACAUUUCCCUCCCGCCCCUUCCCUCUCCCCAAAAUGUUCUCUUUUAAUAAGCCUGCCUGGCUCACACAAGGUAAAAAAAAAAAAAAAUUUUUUUUAAAAGAAAUCUCUGUAAAAUGGUACUGUAUCUGAAAGAUGUUAGCUUUUGAACUAGUUGGUGUACUUGUUAUUAGCACUAGUAUUCUUAAUCUCGAAGUCUACAGUGUGAUGAAAAUGUCAGAUGCUAUCAUCUUUUUACAUAAAAACAAAAAAAAACAACAAAAAAAUUCUCAUGUACUGUGGAUUGCUAACAUGCUUUUUUUUUAUAAUCUUGGUAGAGACAUAGGCACCUGUUCAGGAAGGUAUUUCAGCAUGAGUUUGACUUUAAGCACAUGAGCAAUAUAAGUAGUUGCAUUUCUUGUUUUUUCCACUCAAUUGUCAUUUUUCUUGGGGGUAUGUUGGGAAGAAGGGAGCAAGGGGUACUCACGUUUCUUGGGAAUGUUAUUUUUAACAUCAGAUAGAUAAUUUCCAGGAAAUGGACCCUCUCAAUGAAAGUUUUCAUUUAACUGAAAACAGUUUGUGCCUGAAAGUUCUCAGCUGGACCUCUGAGUGAUCCCUGCAGAGUGACCAAGGCAAGUCAUGUGCUCGUUAUUAGACACAUGCUCAAGUACUUGCUCCAUGACACGCACCUCAGUCUGGGCUUAAAAUAAAGGAGCACUUGAGCUCCAGCUGAGGCUGAGCUGGCAGGGGAGUUGGAGAGGGAUGUUGUGUGUGUUUGGGUUUUUGGUUUUGGGUUUUGGUUUCUUUUUUCCCCCUCCUUGUCAUUUCAGUAGCGAGCUCCUAGAAAGGGAAUGCUACUUCUGUGUCACGCAGGGUGCAUGUUUCCAGACACUGAAAUGCUUACCUCAAUGAAAAGAAAAAAGAGGGGAGGGAGAAAAAAAGAAAAGAGACAAUUUUUUAAGGCUUGCAGUUUUUUUAAGCCAGCCUAAUGUUUUGACCUGCAUUGCUGCAAUAUGCUCUUGUUUUCACUGUCCCUAAUUUCAUGUAUAUACAAGUAUUUUAUUUAUUAAGCACCAUUGGUCAUUUAAAACUUACUAAAGAAACCAACAAAAGCAAAGCUGCAUUAUGCAGACCAGCAGGAAUGCGGACUUCUAAUGUGGUUCAAACCAGCUUAAAAAAAAAAAAAAACGCAAAUAAAAACCAGAUACUUUAUUUAAAUCCAGUGGACUUUUAUACCUGCAGGUGCUACAGUUCAGUUUAUCGUGUGUCUGGUGCUUUGUCAUGUUUGAUGUGUUCAUUGUUGGUUUUGUUUUCUCUCUUCUUUACCUUUUCACUCCAGCCCCCUUUUUUCCUGUUUUGUACAGAUUUUGGAGAAAUACAGGUAGAUACAAUUUCUUGAUGCAGAGCAUUAUUAUUUCCUCUGUAAUAUUUCCAGAGGUCUUUUUCCCCCUCUUGUUUUUUUUUUUGUAGACCAGUGUUUUUUUUUCUUUUAUAAUCCGAUUUUAGGAAAACACCAGUUCUAUAAUUAUAUAAAAUUUGUAAUCUGAGGGGCAGAAAUUUAUUGUAAAUUCUUAACUUUUUAUUGUAAAGAAAAAAAUAUACAGAGUUUAACAGAAAGUUAUGCCUUUCCCUCUCCCAGUGCCAGUCCCUAAGGCUGCCUCUCUACUGUGGGGUAGCCCUAAAAUUCACCCGGCUGCGGUCUCCGAGUGGUUUGCCAGAGGCCCUGUGGUGCAGAUUGCACCAGCUUUUAGUUUUCACGUAGGUGAGUGGCCCUGAAGGACUCCUCAGCCCCCCGCACACGACUUUCAUUGCACGCUCAGCCUCCACGAGCUCGGACAGGGGAUGGCGUGCUGGGAUGCGGGGCGUGCGGGGGGUCUCCCUUUGCUGGAAAGCCGGGCGAGCGCAGGGCCGGCCUGUUAGUAGCACUCCAUGGUUUGCACUUCUGACUGCAUCCACGCUCAGCUGCCAGUCACUUACUGCCCAUCGACUGGCGUUUUACUAGCUAGACACUUUUGCAUCUGUCUUUAAGAAUCUAUCUUCCAAAGGUCAGCAUUUCAGCGUGUGCAGGUGUAUGUCUGUCCAUGUCUGAUCCGCGUAGCGGCAGUAACACGCUCGCCAUGGUUUGCUGUAGAAGAGAAUUCCCUUGUUUUAUCUUCUGCUGAGGGCUGAGCACGCGGUGCUGCGUGGCACUGAGUUCCUCCUUAUAACUUGCUGGGCAUCUUUGGCUCGUUUUGCAGUCACCGGAGUGCUCUGCCUGUUGGCAGGAGGCUCUCAAGCCUUGGCGGAUAGUUUCCCAUAGUAUUUGGAAGUGGAUGAACUAGGGUAUUCUGAUUCUAACUGAAAUUAAUGAUCUUUCUUUUCCAUUAACAAUGGAGUUAUUUUUAGUUCCUAUACUUUUUAAAUUCUGCCCUUAAAAAGAUCUUCCCCUAGACAGAUCCUUAGUAAUAUAUUUUCAGAAUUUACCGUGAGGGAAUGUAACAUACACCUCAUCAAGAGCUUAGGGGUUUUUUUAAUGGGGUUGGGUUUCAUCUGUGUUUCUCCUAUUGUCUGAGACUUGCAUUAUCAAAACCAACUAGUAUUUUAAUUAAAACAAUUGCAACCAAUUCAAUACCGUGACAACUUGGAUAAACGAGCUCCCAGCUUUCUUCGCUUGAAAUCUUUUCCCGAGUGCAUUAACCUGGGCUAUGCCGUUGAUGUGACGUGGCGGUUGCUCUGGACGAAAGGCGCUCCCGUGCGGAGGACACACCGCAGCCGGUGUUGGAGGCAAUAGCAGCCCGCCCGGCAGCCGCUCUCGCCGGCAUCGCCGCCGCAGAGAGCCCGGGGGCCUGGCUCUGCAGCGUGCCACCGUCCCGCGACGCCGGGGGCGACCCCGCUGGCCACGGCCAGGCUGCAGGCAUCCCUCUGGGACGCACAGGGCUGUCCCACCGCAGCCACUGGGAAGGUUAGAGCCACAGGGCUGGGGACCAAGCGUGGAGUGAUGGAAAGGGGCCUGGCCUGGGACUGUCUGCAGUGUUGGAGGAGAAUCCUUAUUUUAGUUGGCAAACCCGUCCUAGCUUGGGGAUUUGCAAGGAAGACGAGCAACCAGAGCCACCAAGGAAUAGAAGAACCACCUGCGUAUCUUUGAAUCACCCAGCUGCGACUCGGGCUACUGUUUAGUGGGGAACUUUUGUUUUCGCGGAGAGGAAGGUGUUCCCUAUGAAACGGCAGUUCACAGGAGAAAUCCGUUUUGGCACGACCUUCGUUUCAGGAGAGAAACUGGUGACUCUUCAUUUCAAAAUGUUGUUCUUACACGUUUUCGUUUUCGCAUUGUUUGUAGUGCUCAUUGUCUCCUGACAUGUCAGUAGUGGUGCCUCUUGUAUCUCCAGAUCGGAGCGUCUCCAGGAAAGAAGAGAUGUUUUCAGUCCAUAGUAAGUAGCAGCAGCCCUUAAUGACUUGGAAACUGAAACAAUAGAGCAUUUAUUUAACUGAGUUUGUAUUGCGUGACACGUCAGUACGGAUGUCAUGAAAUAACUUUAAAAUGAUCGAACAUAUAACAUUGAAAUAACAUUUUUAAGAAUAAAAGAUUGAAAUUUUUAUGGUAAAAUUUUUCUUGAACGAACAAAGUUUAACUUUGUUUUCCAGGGGAAACUUCACUGAAAUCAGUAUGAUUUCUUAUGUAUACAUGCACACAAACAGUUUUAUUGAAACUGCUUUUUUCUGACGAAUUCCUGUUUGACAAAACAAUAUCUGACCAGACCUGUUAUCAAUCAACCAGCAUUACUGCACCUUUAAAAACUUGGUUAAACUCGAUCUGAUUGCAAGGCCAGCCCGUUUCUUGGCGCGCCGUCGGCUGUAGGCUCAGAGGGACCAGAGGGAGAGGCGCGUCCCGCGGGCUCAGGCCCCGAUCCGACUACUAGAGCGACCUGUUGCGUGCAGCAGCUUUCUGCUAACCAAAUGUUGUCUCUGCAAAAUCAUCUCGGGUUUUUGUACCGAUGUGAUUUUAAACUUUCCUACCAACAGGGUUUGUAACUGUAGAACUGACGCUGCGGGACUAUGUUCCCGUUGUCUGUGAGCGUGCGUGUCAUGGGCGCGCGUGAGCGUAUACGAGUUAGUUACCCCGCAGGGUCUCUUUCCAUGUUCUCUAUGUGGUAGAAGCAGACUGCAGUUACCUAAUCUAGUUCUUUCUCUGUUUUGGGGACUCUUAGACCAGGUUUUAAUUUUUUUCCUUGUUUUGAAAGGAACGAUGUUUUUUAAAGGUGGGGUUGGAGCUAGGGGGAAGGGAUCGGGGCACGACAAAGAAAAAAAACAGAGCCUUUUUCGUACCGGAUUUUAGAAAGACCGAUUCUCAAACACGAGCAGUUACCGCUAGGGCUGACUGCGGGCAGGCUCUGCGUUGCUGAAGGUAAAUUUAGGGCGAGGAUUCGUUACACGAGCAGCAUUAUCUUGCUUGUAAAACAUUGAGAUGCAUUUUUUUAAAGAAAUGGUAUUUGCAUAUCUUUUUAAAUGUUUUUAAAAAAAACAAACCACCAGCUAGGAAUUGACACAGGCCACUUAGAACUUACCCCUGAUACUGGCAUAACCAAUCCAGACAGAUUUGUUGUUGUAUUUUUGUUUUGGGGUUUUUUUUGGUUUUUUUUAAUAUUUAAAAAAAAAAUGUUACUUUUCUGUAUGAUGUGCAUGCAAAUUUACCGUAACUCUUUUUCUUAAAACUUUUUAGUGCCAUUUCUAGUAUAUUCCUGUAAAUGUCAGUUACUGAAAAGAAAUGAGUCAAUGUAAGUAGUUUAGCUUGUUUAUUGCAAAUUGCUGGCCUCAAACACAACAGAAUUGAAAAAAAAAAAAAAAGAGUUAGAAAGUAAUCUUUGAUGUUACUGGUAAUCAUGGACCCUGGUCCUGGGGCGUUUGUUUUGUUUUCAUAAUAAAAAGAAAAAUUGUUUUGUG